CUGUGUUCUUUAACGAGAACACAAGAAACAGCUCUGCAUUUUAUACAGAGUCAAUGGGAGAUAACGCUUUCUGCUAUUGUGGGGUAAAUGGUGCAUCUAGGCUGCGAGAGAUAGCGGUGUAUAUCACUAGGAGGAGGUGAGAGAUAGCUGUAUGUAUCACUAGAAGGAGCUGAGAGAUAGCUGUGUGUAUCACUAGAAGGAGCUGAGAGAUAGCUGUGUGUAUCACUAGAAGGAUGUGAGAGAUAGCUGUAAGCAGGUGAGAGAUAGCUGCAUGUAGCACUAGGAGGAGGUAAGAGAUAGCUGCAUGUAUCACUAGGAGGUGGUGAGAGAUAGCUGUAUGUAUCACUAGGAGGAGGUGAGAGAUAGCUGUAUGGAUCACUAGGAGGAGGUGAGAGAUAGCUGUAUGUAUCACUAGCAGGAGGUGAGAGAUAGCUGUAUGUAUCACUAGGAGGAGGUGAGAGAUAGCUGUAUGGAUCACUAGGAGGAGGUGAGAGAUAGCUGUAUGUAUCACUAGCAGGAGGUGAGAGUUAGCUGUGUGUAUCACUAGAAGGAGGUGAGAGAUAGCUGUAUGUAUCACUGGGAGGAGGUGGGAGAGAGCUGUAUGUAUCACUAGCAGGAGGUGAGAGAUAGCUGUAAGCAGGUGAGAGAUAGCUGUAUGUAGCACUAGGAGGAGGUGGGAGAUAGCUGUAAGCAGGUGAGAGAUAGCUGUAUGUAGCACUAGGAGGAGGUAAGAGAUAGCUGUAUGUAUCACUAGCAGGGGGUGAGAGAUAGCUGUGUGUAUCACUAGGAGGAGGUGAGAGAUAGCUGUAUGUAUCAGUAGCAAGAGGUGAGAGAUAGCUGUAUGUAUCACUAGGAGGAGGUGAGAGAUAGCUGCAUGUAUCACUAGGAGGAGGUGAGAGAUAGCUGUAUGUAUCACUAGGAGGAGGUGAGAGUUAGCUGUGUGUAUCACUAGCAGGAGGUGAGAGAUAGCUGUGUGUAUCACUGGGAGGAGGUGGGAGAUAGCUGUAAGCAGGUGAGAGAUAGCUGUAUGUAUCACUAGAAGGAGGUAAGAGAUAGCUGUAUGUAUCACUAGGAGGAGGUGAGAGAUAGCUGCAUGUAUCACUAGGAGGAGGUGAGAGAUAGCUGUGUGUAUCACUGGGAGGAGGUGGGAGAUAGCUGUAAGCAGGUGAGAGAUAGCUGUAUGUAUCACUAGAAGGAGGUAAGAGAUAGCUGUAUGUAUCACUAGAAGGAGGUAAGAGAUAGCUGUAUGUAUCACUAGGAGGAGGUAAGAGAUAGCUGUAUGUAUCACUAGGAGGAGGUAAGAGAUAGCUGCAUGUAUCAGUAGGAGGAGGUUUGAGAUAGCUGUAUGUAUCAGUAGCAAGAGGUGAGAGAUAGCUGUAUGUAUCACUAGGAGGAGGUGAGAGAUAGCUGCAUGUAUCACUAGGAGGAGGUGAGAGAUAGCUGUAUGUAUCACUAGGAGGAGGUGAGAGAUAGCUGUAUGUAUCACUAGAAGGAGGUAAGAGAUAGCUGUAUGUAUCACUAGGAGGAGGUGAGAGAUAGCUGCAUGUAUCACUAGGAGGAGGUGAGAGAUAGCUGUAUGUAUCACUAGGAGGAGGUGAGAGAUAGCUGUGUGUAUCACUAGCAGGAGGUGAGAGAUAGCUGUGUGUAUCACUGGGAGGAGGUGAGAGAUAGCUGCAUGUAUCACUAGAAGGAGGUAAGAGAUAGCUGUAUGUAUCACUAGGAGGAGGUGAGAGAUAGCUGUAUGUAUCACUAGGAGGAGGUAAGAGAUAGCUGUAUGUAUCACUAGGAGGAGGUAAGAGAUAGCUGCAUGUAUCACUAGGAGGAGGUGAGAGAUAGCUGUAUGUAUCAGUAGCAAGAGGUGAGAGAUAGCUGUAUGUAUCACUAGGAGGAGGUGAGAGAUAGCUGUAUGUAUCAGUAGCAAGAGGUGAGAGAUAGCUGUAUGUAACACUAGGAGGAGGUGAGAGAUAGCUGUAUGUAACACUAGGAGGAGGUGAGAGAUAGCUGUAUGUAACACUAGGAGGAGGUGAGAGAUAGCUGUGUGUAUCACUAGGAGGAGGUGAGAGAUAGCUGUAUGUAACACUAGGAGGAGGUGAGAGAUAGCUGUAUGUAUCAGUAGCAGGAGGUGAGUGAUAGCUGCAUGUAUCACUAGGAGGAGGUGAGAGAUAGCUGUAUGUAUCACUAGCAGGAGGUGAGAGAUAGCUGUAUGUAUCACUAGGAGGAGGUGAGAGAUAGCUGUAUGUAGCACUAGGAGGAGGUGAGAGAUAGCUGUAUGUAGCACUAGGAGGAGGUGAGAGAUAGAUGUAUGUAUCACUAGGAGGGGGUGAGAGAUAGCUGUAUGUAACAUUAGGAGGAGGUGAGUGAUAGCUGUAUGUAUCACUAGGAGGGGGUGAGAGAUAGCUGUAUGUAACACUAGGAGGAGGUGAGAGAUAGCUGUAUGUAACACUAGGAGGAGGUGAGAGAUAGCUGUGUGUAUCACUAGGAGGAGGUGAGAGAUAGCUGUAUGUAACACUAGGAGGAGGUAAGAGAUAGCUGUAAGCAUCACUGGGAGGAGGUGAGAGAUAGCUUUAAGUAACACUAGGAGGAGGUGAGAGAUAGCUGUGUAUGUAAUAGUGGGUGGGUAAGGUAGAUCAAUAUCUGUGUUAAAGUGAUAGCAGAUGGCACGGUUAGUACACAGCCCUCGGUGGAAACGAUGUACAAAUAAAUAUACAUAGAACAUGGCACCUUAAACAGAGACACUGGCAAAUAGCCGUAUAGUAAAAGAUAGCUAUAUGCAGCAUUGUUUCUUAUACAGAAACACUGGCAGACAGCCAUUUUAAACAUUGUUUCUCAUACAGAGACAGUGGCAGAUAGCCAUGUAAAUCUAGAGCGAGAUGAGGGUACAGUGUAGUAUCUAGAGAAGUUUAAAUCUAGAGUGAGAUGAGGGUGCGGGGUAGUAUCUAGGGAAUGGUAAAUCUAGAGUGAGAUGAGGGUACAGUGUAGUAUCUAGAGAAGGGUAAAUCUAGAGCAAGUUGAGGGUGCUGUGUAGAAUCUAGAGACAGGUAAAUCUAGAGUGAGAUGAGGGUACAGUGUAGUAUCUAGAGAAGGGUAAAUCUAGGGUGAGAAGGGUACAGUGUAAUAUCUAGAAAUGGUAAAAUCUAGAGUGAGACGAGGGUGCGGGGUAGUAUCUAGGGAAUGGUAAAUCUAGGGUGAGAUGAGGGUACUGUAUAAUAUCUAGAGAAGGAUAAAUUUAGAGCAAGAUGAGGAUGCUGUGUAGUAUAUGGAGAAGGGUAAAUCUAGAGCGAGAUGAAGGUGCGGUGUAAUAUCUAGAGAAAGGUAAAUCUAGAGUGAGGCGAGGGUACGGUGUAAUAUCUAGAGAAAGGUAAAUCUAGAGUAAGAUGAGGGUGCGGUGUAAUAUCUAGAGAAGAUUAAAUCUAGAGUGAGGCGAGGGUAUGGUGUAAUAUCUAGAGAAAGGUAAAUCUAGAGUAAGAUGAGGGUGCGGUGUAAUAUCUAGAGAAGAUUAAAUCUAGAGUGAGGCGAGGGUAUGGUGUAAUAUCUAGAGAAAUGUAAAUCUAGAGUAAAAUGAGGGUGCGGUGUAAUAUCUAGAGAAGAUUAAAUCUAGAGUGAGAUGAGGGUACGGUGUAAUAUCUAGAGAAGAUUAAAUCUAGAGUGAGAUGAGGGUACGGUGUAAUAUCUAGAGAAGAUUAAAUCUAGAGUGAGAUGAGGGUACGGUGUAAUAUCUAGAGAAGAUUAAAUCUAGAGUGAGAUGAGGGUACGGUGUAAUAUCUAGAGAAGAUUAAAUCUAGAGUGAGGCGAGGGUAUGGUGUAAUAUCUAGAGAAGAUUAAAUCUAGAGUGAGAUGAGGGUGCGGUGUAAUAUCUAGAGAAGAUUAAAUCUAGAGUGAGAUGAGGGUACGGUGUAAUAUCUAGAGAAGAUUAAAUCUAGAGUGAGAUGAGGGUACGGUGUAAUAUCUAGAGAGGGUUAAAUCUAGAGUAAUAUGAGGGUGCGGUGUAGUAUCUGUGAAGACUAUACAAUUAUUCUAGAGUAAGAGGCGAGCAUUGUGUCAGGAGUCAGCUAUAUAUUUCUAGAGUAAGGUGAUUGCAGAAUUGUUUAUAGAGUAGAGUGACAGUGCUGGGUCGAUUCUACAUCUUCCUUGGCUGUGACUCACACAGCCUGCAUGAAAAUAAUGAAAUUUUCAAUCAGAUCUUACAACACAGUGUGUUUACUUUGAAAGGUUUUAUCUCAUGCUAUGGCCAGUACAGACUCUGGUCACUAUUCUAGAGACUGCCAUGGUGAUUGAAGUGCUUUUUCUCACUGCACAGGGAGAGCGUUGAGAUGUUACACCUGUCUCUUCCCCACCAUCUCCCCCAUGGAAUGCAUUAAGUUUCCAGUCACUUGCCCUCCCAGCGAGAGAUGUCUGAUCUCCACUGCAACUGGAAGAAGAGGUAUGUUGGCCCCAUGGAGAGGGCGAAGCUACGUCAUUGACGGUCAUUCACUAAAAGCGACAACUACUGAGAAUUUAAAGUGAAUUUACAAAUUUAGGCCAAAAUAGCUUAAUUAAAAAAAAAUAAAAAUCUGUUUGGUUGUAAAAUUCACUUCAAAUGAUUCUCAGAUAAGUAAAUAACCCUUAUAUAGAGCUAAAACAAACUCCCAAUCUAUAGCUGCUAUAAUCGUUUUAUCAGAGAGUCCAAAUACCUUGUUGCCCUUGAACUCAUUAUCACAGAGCUCCAAUAAUAAAACACUAUAAUCUAUGGUGUGCAAAUGCAUCACAGAGCUCCCACAGCCAUACAGCUCACCAAGCAUUGAAUAUGCAUGUCACAGAGCUCCACAGCAAUACAGCUCACCAAGCAUUGGAUAUCAGUGUAUCACAGAGCUCCACAGCCAUACAGCUCACCAAGCAUUGAAUAUGCAUGUCACAGAGCUCCACAGCAAUACAGCUCACCAAGCAUUGGAUAUCAGUGUAUCACAGAGCUCCACAGCCAUACAGCUCACCAAGCAUUGAAUAUGCAUGUCACAGAGCUCCAUAGCAAUACAGCUCAUUGAGCAUUGAAGAGGAAUAUCACAGAGCUCCGCAGCAUACAGGAAACAGACCAUUAACUACGAGUAUAUCACAGAGGGCCGCAGGUUUACAAUAUUCUAAAAAUAUAUCUUAAUAUGACAUGUUUUAAUUUGGUUACGCUAGCAGGACAGAUUUAGAUCACUCUGCAAAAUAAAUAAAUAAAAAAUAGCAACACGUUUACUUUAUACAUAAUAAGCCCAAGUUCCUUAUUCCAGCAUGGCUUCCUGAAAAGGUUUAUUGAUUUAUUUUUUAACCCUAUUUGCACAUCACGUGCAAAACACACUAUACACAUAAAAAAAACCAUUUAGAAUCUUCAUGUAUGUAUAUAUAUAUAUAUAUAUAUAUAUAUACCAGCUCAGAAAGUUAAUUUGGAUUUUAUAGGCAGAUUCCACUAAAGCUAUAAUGCUAAAAUUUCUCACCCCAGAUGGAGGACUACAAUGCUCAUGAUGCCCACAUUUAUACACACACAGCAGAGUGCUCCAGUUUGAUGGUUAAUGUCACUCCAGCUGCUGUAGACAUUACUAUGUACUAGAAUGGCACACUAACUGCUGUGAAACACUACUCCCAUCAAGCGCAAACACUGGAUAUGCAUGGUGGGAUUUGGAUUUAGAGUCUAACCAAAUCAUUAUCUUCUUGGCUAGAGACGGAGUGAAUGGAAGAUGUGACCAAUGGGGAUAAUCCCGCACUCAUAAACGCUCCUUCACUGCCAUUUACACACUGCAUGGGGGGCACCCACGAACCUCUGUGUACACCAUGACCCCCCCCCCAAAAAAAAAAUAGUGUUGGAAGAGACAAAAAAAAAAAAAACACUGUGCAAAUUUAAAUGAAUAAUGCCAUGCCAUAAAGGUUACGGGUUAUGACCACCAGGUUCCCGUCUCUCUCUCUGCAGGCGAGUUCCAGUUUGUGCUGCGGGAGCGGAGCUGCACCGUGGCCAGUCUCUGCGGGACCAGCGGCCAGAAGAACACACUGGGCAUUAACGUCACCUUCCACAACGCCUGCUGUGACACUGAUCUCUGCAAUUCAGCAUCUGCUGGGAAAGCGACGCUCGCUAUGGUACUCAUCCCGCCUCUGUUUCUCCUAAUACUGGCAAAGUGAGGCCAGGCUGGAGUGCCCGCAAUCCUCUCGUAACAAUAAAAAUAUAUAAUAUGUA